ACCCGGGUAAGUGCCCCGCGCGGUGCCCGCCCCCUUCCUGUCUUCCCGGGAAGAUCCAUUCGGCAGGGUCCUUCUGCGCACUCGCGGCCGGGGCUCAGCUCUUCUCCUUCGGCUGGCCACAGGGGCCCGGGCGGACUCAACGCCCAGAGCGGGGUAACUCCUGGCCUUGGAGCCAAGGCCAAUCCGGCGGCGGAGAGGGGCGCGCGGGUCGGCUGCGUUUUCCCCGGAGCGCCUGGCCUUCGUGAGCCGAAAGCGGGUGCCGUAACCGGAGCCACUGGGGGCGAUUCCAAUUCCCGGGGGCCCCGGCGGCACGAGCCUGGGCUGGAGUUUUCAAAAUCUGGGCAAGAAAAGAACAAACCGGCCCCCGCACCCCGUGAGACACCCGCUCUCAGAGCUCGAAUCUUUUUCUUGGCAAAUGCCCCUGUUGGCGCCCGUGGGCCCUGGGUUCUGUUCUCAGCUCUACCACCCGUGCCGAACCGGAUCCCUGGCAGCUCCCGGGCGCCGGGGGAUGCAGGAGGACGGUGACCCCAACCCUGGGACCCUGGUUUCGGGGCGGGUGGGUUGCCCCUUUCUUCCCUGGGAGAACAGCAGCCCUGGGAACCUGUACCCUGGUAGGAGGGCGGUGACCUCGGUCCUCGGGUACCCCUUGUUCUCUGGCGGGAAAGAGGGUGCGGAGGCGCGGCAUGGACGCCGAAACGGGGCCACCGUGGUCCCGAACCCAGGGGGAAGGGAGAGAGUGGGUCGGGCCAGGCCCGGGCGGCGGAGGGGAAACCCUGUGUCUCACAUGGAGUCGUGGGAGAAGGUGGCCAAGAAGGCCCUGUGGCGUCCGCCAUUUCCCGAGAGGGGCUGCCUGGGCGCGGUGGGGACGUUUCCCGGGCGGGCGCCGCACCGGGGCGGGAGACUCUUGCUCCGAUCUGUCCGUGGUCGCUGCAGCCGGGCGGGGCAAGAGGAGACUCGGGGACCUUCAGACCUGCCCAGCAGCCGCCCCAGGACACCCGGUCCCCUCCUCCUCAGGCUGCCCCUGGCUUUUGUGCUGGGCGUCCCGUCUCGACUUGAAAAAUCCAUCUCCCCAUCUCCCCUUCUCCCAAUUGCAAUUUCGGGUUUUUGUGAAUUCAGAGGAGCCCCCCCCCCCCCCACAGCCACACUCCCCUUCUCCUUGAGGGUCUUGCAGGAGACACCCUCAGCCCGGAGCUGGUGCUUCGGCCUUGCCCCGCCCGCUUGGCGGAGCUCACGGAUUUUGCCUCUCUUUGAUUUUUCUCCUGGAACUUUUCAGGAACUGCAGUCCCGGGGGCUUGGAGGGACAAAGGGCCUUUGUGAGGCACCACGCGGGGGAGGGGCGCGCCCCGGGGCCUGGAGCGUGGAGAUCCCCGCCGGCCGCGGACUGGGGCAAGAGAACCAGGUCUUGGCCCCGGGACCUGCUUGUUGUGCUCCUCCGGAGCUAGGGGCUCGAGGGAGGGGUGCGGGGGACCCCCGAGGAAGAAGUUGGAGGCGGCCCUGGGUUAGAGUGUGUCCGAGCUGUCCCUUUUUGCGCUUCCCACAAGUCCACCGUGAUGUGUGUGUGCGCACGUGUGUCUGGGUCAUUUGGUGCAGCCCAGGGUGGUGGUGGCGGGCCCCUCAAGCCUGGGAAUCGGAGCCUGGGUCUCCCUGGCUGGCUGAGCCUGUGCUUGGGUUUUGCGAGGCUGGGAAGGGGCGUCGUGCACUCCCUGUCUGGGAUCUGGCUCCGGCCUGGCAAGGCAAAGUGCCCUAAUGUGAAGCGGUGUAAACAGCCACUACUCAUGCAAGCCUGCACCGUGCCAGGGCCGCGCCUAAUCUGACGCAGCAGUCAGACGGCCUAUUGCCCAUUUGCUGGAUGGGGAGGCUGAGGUAGGGGGAAGGCCAAGCCCUCAGCCUCGGAAGCCCAGCGGGAGGUAGCCUUGGAGCCUGGCCUCUCUGCACCUUCUGUGCUUCCUUAGAGCUAUUUGACUUCGGCCAGCCGAGGUCCGGGAGGACACAGCAGGAGGGCUGCUGCCGCCCCCUGAGCCCCGUGCUCACCUGGGAGGGAAAGGUGGGGGCCAGUGCGCUUCUGGCUGCCCUCCUCCCCCACUUCAAGUGGCCACUCGGGAGACCUCGGACCCCAGGCCAACGCCCAGAGCCAAGCCUCUGCUAAUCCCAUUAGCCACGAGGUGGGAGCUGCUCCCAUUCACUCUCUGCUUGGGGCUGGGCCGGAUUACACAUUCCUCAGCCCAGCACACCCUCCUCUUCCCGGGUUUUCUUUGUGGGGUGCAGGUGUUAAAUUUUCUCUUCUUACGCACCUCCCUCUCUUCCUUGGCUGUCGCCACCUCUUGCUAGCGUUAUCAGUCCCAUCUUUGUUUAUUUUUGUACCGGGAAGUUCUGAGAGGUUGAGCCACUUGCUUGGGGUCACCAGCUAGGAAGAGGCACACUACCAUUGGGCUCUGCAGAGGUGGAUGAGCGCUGCCAGGGCUUAUUAAAGCCCCUCCUCGGCCGAGGGAGGUUCCCUGGAGAGAGCUCAGAGCUGGAGGGGCCCUCGGAGAAAGAUCCCCGGGAGGAAUCCCAUCCAAGCUAGUAUUGACAGCCAUCUGCUGAGGAGGGUCUCCUGGAAGAGCUGGUCAAUUAUUGGUCAAGACGGAGGGAUUUGGCCUCUUCCUCUUUGGAUUUGGCCUCUUCCUCUGCAGAAGAGGAGGUGAACUCAAGAAUGAAUGGGGUUAGGGAUCAGGAAAGGGUGGUUUUAAAGUUUCCUAUUAAUUUGAGUCUUGCUACAUUGUGAGCAAAACAGUCACAGCCUGAUCCGGGAAAUGGACAUGUAACUGACAGGCACCUGGGGCUUGGCUCUGCUCUAGGGUUGGGAGGCCUGGACUCAGUGUCCUCACAGGCUGCAAUUAAAGAGCUAUUAGUAGGAUUUUGUACUUGGAUGUUUAUUCUCCCUGCCCUCACACCCUAGGCUGACCCUGGGAGGGUACAUGAAUAGAGGGUAGGACCCAGGGAUCUGGGUGGGGAGGCCCUGCACUCUGGCCUGGCCAGCGGUCAACAGGGGGCCUUCUCCAGGGUCUGAUCAGAUCCAUCUCUGGAAUCCAGUUUGUCAGCAUACUGGGAUUGAUUUAGAAAGAUUUAUCAGUGAGGACCGCUGGCAAAGUGAUAGAUAAGAACAAUUUACAAGGGGCUUCCUUCUCUGGUCAGAGGUGACAAGGGAGGCCCUGGGAGAGUUCUGGAAUCUGGAAGGGCCUCUGGGGGGUGGGGGGGCUGUCUCUCGUGGUUCUUCAGCUCCUAACCCCAGCGCUUUCCUUCUUUCCUCACUUGCUCAUUUACUCAGCAAAUAAUUUCCAAGUGCUUCCUGCGUGCCAGGCACUGCUCGCAUCCCAGGAAUGCGGCAGUGAACCCAACCAACAGAAAUCUCUGCCCUCAUUGGAGCUCACGUUCUUCUGGGGAGUCAGGGGCAGUGAACACACAAAUCUGAGAA